CUUUUGCGCAACCUCGUGCGAAGGGAAAGUGGACACGCUACUCUCUUCGCGCCCCUUACGCCGAUGGGAAUGAGUCCUUGAACAAAGGGAAGAGGAGGUCACUUACCGCAGUCGCUCGUUGAACGCCGCUGGAUGACAGAUCAAGAGAAGGGAACCGGGGUGCGAAUAUAGGGGAUCCGCGACACGAUUAAGAGAUGGACGGAGAUCCGGCCGUCGACCCUGAGCUUGAUGGCUUCAGUCGCCUGUUGCCGCUGCCGUACCGCGUGGCCCUGAUCAUUGUUCUGGGCAUCUGGGCAUGGGGCACCAACCUCCACUACCUCGCCCUGAUCAAAAUCGACGUCCCGUCGCUAGUCCGCUACCCCUCGCGAACGUCUCCCCACCAUCCGCCGCACCACCUGUCCUGCUACCGCGUCGCGACCUUCCUCUCGAUCCCGCUCAUCCUGUCCCUGCUCCUCUUCUGGACCCUCACAAAUGGCAGCCCGAAGGACGUUGCAGCUUGGGAGAUACUGCCAAACUUAUACCUGCUUGUACUGGUAGUUGGUUUCGUGGCACCCAUACCGUUUGUGAGCCGUAAUGGACGACACCGGACCCUCGCGACGCUGAAGCGCAUAUCGAUUGGUGGAAUAGCAGAAGCACAGGACGGGAAAUUCGGGGAUAUUUUAUUGGCUGAUGCGUUGACCAGCUACGCCAAAGUCCUCGGCGACCUGUUCAUCUCGCUCUGCAUGUUCUUCUCCUCCAAACACUCCUCGACCGGGCCGCCGAACCGCAACUGCGGCGGUGCAUUCUGGGUUCCAUUCGUGAUAUCCGUCCCCUCAAUCAUCCGCCUCCGGCAAUGCUUGACAGAAUACUCUCGCGUGCAAAAGGCGAACAAGCAGACCGGGCAGAUCAGCCCCUCCACGGGCUGGGGUGGCCAGCACCUCGCCAACGCGCUCAAAUACAGCACCGCCUUCCCCGUCAUCAUCCUCUCCGCACUACAACGCAGCCCCGAACCCUCGAAAUACGGCAUGUCGGAAGCAACGCUGUUCCGUCUGUGGCUCGCGGCCGUGUUCGUCAACUCCGCAUACUCAUUCUACUGGGACGUAGCUCGCGAUUGGGACCUCACGCUCUUCUCGUCCAAAAAGGAGCGCGAGAACCCCGAGUAUCCGUACGGCCUGCGACGGCAUCGAUGGUUCCAUGCAAACGAAUUCUACUACGUAGCGAUCGCGGUGGACGCCAUGUUGCGGUGCACGUGGAGUUUCAAGCUGAGUCCGCAUCUAGACCACUUUAAUGAUUUGGAGGGUGGCAUCUUCCUGAUGGAGGCGUUGGAGGUGUUGCGAAGGUGGAUCUGGAUUUUCUUUCGCGUCGAGUGCGAGUGGGUGCGCAACCACCGCGGCCCUGCGCCUGACGAUAUUCUACUCGGAGAUAUGUCGAAUAAGUACGAGGAGGAGGAUUAGGCGUGUUAGAGUACCAGGAGCAUUGUCUGAGCAUCAGCAUUUAGCGGCGUUUUGUGAGCGAUUCCUGUAUAAACUUGUCGGCUUUUUACUUUUUCAUCCUUGUUAUUUGCAAAUCGAACUUCAAUUCCUUCAUCAACGCUCACAUCUUGGACUGACUUUGUCAAAAAUGUUGCUGCAACAAUUGAAACCAAAG